AUGGCACUGUCUGCCGUUGGCAAUCCGAGCACCUCUGCCAUAAGAUGCUCGCACGCCCUUCAGGAGCAGCACGGCAGCCUUCCCCGUAAUCCGAGAUUUCGUGCAGGUGAGAACCAGGCCGGCCAGCGUGGAGCAUCCGCGGCUCUUUCUGUUGCCCUCCUGGGGGCACCUCUGGGCCUGAGAGCUAGAUUCAGAAACUCGGAGACACGAAGAGGAAAAACAAGACAUUUCAGGAGUUUUCGAGUACAGCGCAAGGCAAGCGCAGAAGAAGCAAAUGCCGUGGCUGUUGAAGAAGAUUCUGACGAAGACGAGAACUACAGAGCCGCAACACCGCGAGAGCGUCAGUUUGGAAUCUACGAGCCUCCCAUCCGGAGGAGUUCUGGAUCUCGUGCCGAGCCGGUGGAACUGCCCCUGUCGCAGCUACACAUCGUGGCUGCCCAGCGGCAACUGCCUUCACUCCUGGAGGCGCAUGGAAAGGUAGAUGCCUCGGCGGCUGUAGCGGCGUGGUCCGAGCUCCUGCAGAUUUGCCAGCGGCGGGCGCCGGCGCUGCUGGCCACCUGGAGCUGUGGCGUCGGUCCGCUUCUUCGCUUCGCAGUGCUUGUCCCCCGGGACCAGUGGCUUCGCGACCCGGCAGAUUGGGAGGCUGAUGGUCCGGUUGUGCAGCUGGAUCCCGAUGGUCCGGAGGGUCCCAUGACAGGCUUUGAGGCCUUGCCUAUGCUGGAGAGCCUCCUGCGACAUCUCAUCACGAAGUACGAUGAUGCCCCGAUGAUGCUCGCUGGUGCCUUUACUUGGAGUGAUGGCGCAGGCGGGACCUUGCGCGAGCGACCGGGUCGGGAAGUGGUGCUCUGCAGCGGAGCUGGGGUUCAGCUGUGCACUCGCUUCGGAAGGCUCUUUGUGGAGGUCUGCAGGGGAGACCGAAAGCCAGUUGCUGCAGCCCAAGAUCUGUUGAUGGCCAAUCUUUCCAAGAAGAUGGUGAGCAAGCUCUUGCAGGGUGACUCCAAGCUUCCAGCACCUCCUCCUGUUGAAGUUCCUGAGAGCGUGCGGCAUGUGCAGCCGCUCUCCGUCACCCUGGCGAGCCCUUUGAUGGCUCUGAGGCGGGCACAGAUAGAAACGCUUGGUGGGCCUCCGAGAUUCGCCGAGGCCUUGGCCAGAACGCAGUUGGCAAAGGACUUGGGCACCGAAGAAGAGGAGGAGUUUGCCCUGAGCAUCAUGUCUUGGGCCUGCCGCUUUGCGGACGAAGAGGAAUUGCAAGACCAGAGCAGUGCCGCACAAGCGGUCGAAUGGUUGCUGGCGCAGCGUGCGCUGGACGCCAAGUUUUCCUUAGUUGUGGCCGGCAACCCUCGGGCACCCAAGAAAGUCUUGGAGGCUGCAAAGCGAGAUGCAGCAACGCUCGAACUACAGCGGCUUCAGACGAGUGGCCAGCGCUUCCUUUCCAACCCGGGCAAAAUCAAAGGCUUCGUGAAGAGGGGCGUCAUGGCAGCCUUUGGCUCACCAUAUGGCUUGGAUUCCUCGAAUCCGGGCAAAGUGCUGCCACAGGGACUCCGUGCCAUGUUGGGCAUGGAAGGCGGAAAUGUCCGUGAGCCGGAACCACCUAACAGCUGGCAUGGGGACACGUAUGAACCCUGUGAAGCUGAGAGGAGCUUCUUGAUGGAUCCAAAGCUCCUUCGAAAGGCCACUGUUCGCAUUGACGAGAUCCUUAGCUUCGAGUACCUGCAGCAUGUGGGCCAGACAAUGAAGAAUUGUCUUCGAGCCGAGAGGAGAGGCGGCAUGAGCCUGAUGAAGUAUCUGAGCCGUGUGAAGGCUCGGGAAAGCAGCUUCUGGGUCAUGACAAUUACAGCAGAGGAGACUCAAGAGGAGGAGGUAGAGGCCCCCGUGCAGCACAUGCUGCUCAUGGAGGUCUACAACGGUCUCAAUGUCAUCCACCAAGCAGAAGGCCCCCAUCCACGUCGCUGGCCGCGGCUGGACGCCUGGAUGUGGCUCCAGGAAUGGGCCAAGCAAGAGGGCCUGCGCCCGGAUGGCCCUGAAGGUGUCACGGUUGGGCCUUAUGGCGGCUAUGGUGGAUCCAUGGACAAAUGGGACAUCAGGAGGUGCUUUCUGUGGUGA